AUGCAGAUUCUAGAUGAAAUGCCUGUCUUUUACAAUCUGAGUGCCGUUGAAAAGCGUGAAGUCUUAGCCGUCAUUUUGCAAAUAGUACGCAAUCUGGAUGAUGCAUCACUUGUCAAGGCGUGGCAGCAAAGCAUUGCUCGUACCAGAUUAUUUUUUAAACUUUUGGAGGAAUGCUUAAUUCUCUUCGAGCACACUAAACCUUCUGAUAGCAUGCUUCUGGGCUGUAGUUCUCGCAGUCCAGUUGGGGACGGACCUGCUUCCCCGAGGUAUUCUGAUAGGCUUUCUCCUGCAAUUAAUCAUUAUCUUUCUGAGGCAUCGCGGCAAGAAGUCAGACCUCAGGGAACACCUGAGAAUGGGUAUUUGUGGCAGAGGGUCAAUUCCCAGCUAAGCUCCCCUAGCCAGCCAUAUUCCUUAAGGGAAGCUCUUGCUCAGGCGCAAUCUUCCAGAAUUGGAGCUUCAACCCAAGCACUGCGGGAAUCUUUGCACCCAAUAUUGAGGCAGAAGCUGGAGCUUUGGGAAGAAAACCUGAGUGCUGCUGUCAGUCUUCAAGUUUUGGAAAUCAUAGGGAAAUUUUCCCGGACUGCAGCAUCCCACAGCAUUGCAACUGAUUAUGGAAAACUUGAUUGCAUCACUUCUAUCUUUAUGAGCUUCUUCUCACGAAAUCAGCCACUUGCUUUCUGGAAAGCUAUGUUCCCGGUGUUCAACAGUGUAUUUGAGCUUCAUGGAGCAACAUUAAUGGCAAGGGAGAAUGACCGUUUCUUAAAGCAAAUUGCUUUCCAUCUUCUUCGUCUCGCAGUUUUUAGGAAUGACAAUAUGAGGAAAAGGGCUGUUGUUGGGCUCCAGAUACUUGUUCGGACAGCGAGGUUAAGGGUCAUGUUGAUUAUUACAUUGUCAGAGUUGAUGUCUGACGUUCAAGUAACACAGAUGAAAUCUGAUGGGACACUUGAAGAAAGUGGAGAAGCACGUCGACUUCGGAAAUCUUUGGAGGAAAUGGCAGAUGAAUCCAAGAGUGGCAACUUGUUGAACGAGUGUGGACUUCCAGAGGAUGCACUUAUUGCCAUUCCAGAAACAUUGGCGGAGAACCGGUGGUCCUGGUCAGAGGUGAAUUUUCUCUCUGUCAGUCUUCUUCUGGCUCUUGAUGCUAGCCUGGAACAUGCACUUCUGGGAUCUGUUAUGACCAUGGAUAGAUAUGCUGCUGCAGAGAGCUUCUAUAAACUUGCGAUGGCGUUUGCUCCUGUUCCAGAUUUACACAUAAUGUGGUUAUUGCAUUUAUGCGAUGCCCAUCAGGAGAUGCAGUCUUGGGCUGAAGCUGCCGAGUGCGCUGUUGCUGUUGCUGGUGUAGUGAUGCAGCCCCCAGAUAGCCUGGACUUGCCAACAAACUGUCACUGUGCUGUAAUUGGCUUGAUUCUUUUUCUUCUUCCGCCUCAUAGUUUAUUUUCUUUUGUUUCAUCAUCAUAUGUAAAAUCCAAAAGCCACAGUCAGGAAUUCAUCUCCUAG